AUGAACCCCUACGAAGGUCAGGCAAAUUCCCCCUUCCCCCUACCUCAAUCCCGCUCCCUACAGAGACCAUCACAUCACAACCCCUCUAACACCAACCACCCAGUCGAGCACAACAUAAAAGCCACGCCGCAAGCACGCAGCCGCCGGCCCGACAUGUCAACCUUCUUCUCGCACCUGGCCCAAAUCGAAACGCCCAGCGCCCAAACGAACACCCACGCGACGCCCACGCCCGUCGCCAUCGCAGCCGCAGAGCGCCUCCUCCAAGAGCAAUUCCAGGCCCUGCAGCAGAACCUCGCCGCGGGGUCCAGCACCGGUGCCCCAGACGCGCACGUCGCCGUCCUCGAGGGCCUGAUCGCCACCCUGCAGGCGGACAUCGAGGCGCCGCCGCGCAAGAGCCCCGGCGUGCCGCAGAGCUACCUCGAUGAGCUAGACAGGGUGCCGAAGAAGGCGCUGAGGAGCGGGGACGUGUGCCCGAUUUGUAACGAGGAGUUCCUCGACGAUGCGUUUCCGCUUGUGGUGCAGCUGCCGUGUCAUGCGAGCCAUCGGUUUGAUCUGGAGUGCGUGGGCCCGUGGUUGAGGUUGCAGGGUACGUGUCCGUUGGAUCGGAAGGAGAUGCUGAAGAAGAAGGAGGUGGUGAAGGUGGUGGAAGAGGAGCAGGAGGAGGACUAUGAUGAGAUGUUCGCGUGA